AUGCCUGAGAAACGAGUCGGGACCCCGCCCCCCAUCCUCCAGCAGAUCAAGGCCAUUAUUCUCAUGUCAUGGCUCAACGUCUUGCUAGUAUGUAUACCGGUGUCGUGGGCACUACAUUUCGCGCUUCCUACAACGAACACGCAUGAUACCAUCAUCUUCAUCUUCGCGUUCCUCGCUAUUAUACCCCUCGCGAAGCUGCUCGCUUUCGCGACUGAUGAGCUCUCCAUGCGUGUCGGCCAGACACUGGCCGGCCUUCUCAACGCCACUUUGAUCAUUGCUCUCAUCAAGUGUGAACUGCAAAUUGUGCAAUCAUCACUGAUCGGCUCAAUUCUCAGUAAUCUCUUGCUUGUGCUUGGGAUGUGUUUCUUCGCCGGUGGUACGAGGUUCUCUGAACAGGGCUUCGGUAUCAGUGUUACGCAGCUGAACUCGACGCUUCUCAUGAUGUCCGUGAUUGCGCUGCUCAUCCCGGCCGCGUUUCACUUCACGGCCGGUGAGCAGAUUGAGGACCCCACGGAGGCAAAGGACAUUCUCUCUGUCAGCCACGGAACUUCGAUUAUCCUGCUUUUCAUCUACGGCUCGUAUCUGGUUUUCCAGCUCUUUUCGCACAAGGCGCUCUACGACGAGCGCCAUAUGGAUGUAUUCAGGUCAACGCGUUACACGCCCCGUGAUAAGAAGACAGCGGCCAAUGGCGAGACCACAUCUGAGGUCAACGGCAGCUCAAUACCUUUGACCGGCGUCACUGGCGAGAGGUAUCAGGGCUCACCCGCGGCAAGCGUAUCUGGUGAUCAUGAUAUCGAGGCCACUACGGCUGCACCCUCGGUAGUGGUUGAGGAGGAAGAGGAGGAGGUGCCACAGAUGAGCGUGCCGAUGACUAUCGGACUGCUCGCAGUUGUCACUGUCUGCGUCGCAGUCACCGCCGAGUUCCUCGUGGACUCGAUAAACGGGCUCGUCGACUCCGGGAACAUCAACAGGGAGUUCAUCGGUCUUAUCCUGCUCCCGAUUGUCGGGAACGCAGCAGAGCACGUCACGGCCGUCACGGUCUCCGUCAAGGACAAGCUCACGCUCUCUCUUGGCGUUGCCGUCGGCUCCAGCAUCCAAAUCGCGCUCUUCGUCAUUCCGUUCAUUGUCACCUUGGCGUGGAUCAUGGGGAAGCCGUUGAGUCUCCUGUUCGACCCCUUCGAGUCCGUAGUUCUCUUCCUCUCAGUCAUCGUGGUAAAUUACGUCGUCCAGGACGGAAAGAGCAAUUGGUUGGAAGGCCUGAUCCUCAUGGCUCUCUAUGUCAUCCUCGCCGUUGUGUUCUGGUUUUACCCUGGUGUCACCGAGCUGGGCCGUCAGCUCAUGUGCUAA